CCUCAUCGACAUCCAACUACUCCUGCACCUCUUUGUAUAAGCAGAAAAAGCCAGGGAAGAAGAAGAAAACAGCUAAUGGGGAUAAAGAAAUGGUCUUCGAAGUCCAAAAAUGAGAGAUCGUGAGAAGACCCUUGUUGGAAAAAUCCAAUCUAGUGUUCAUACAUCAAUAGAUAUAUAGGUCUACGACAAUCCUGUGUCUGUAUAUAUGCGUUGAGUAAAAAAAACACGAUAAGAGAUAGACAAGGCGCGCGUGGAUAUGGGGAGACCGCCUUGUAGCGAAAAUACCGACGUCAAGAAAGGGCCAUGGACGCCAGAGGAAGACAUAAUAUUGGUCUCUUACGUUCAAGAACACGGUCCCGGUAACUGGAGAAUGGUUCCUGAAAAUACAGGAUUGCUAAGAUGCAGCAAGAGUUGCAGACUUCGAUGGACUAAUUAUCUGAGACCGGGAAUUAAACGAGGGAAUUUCACCGAAAAUGAAGAAAAGAUCAUCAUCCACCUCCAAGCCCUUCUGGGAAAUAGAUGGGCUGCGAUAGCGUCUUACCUUCCUCAGAGGACCGACAACGAUGUAAAGAACUUCUGGAACACUCACCUGAAAAAGAAGCUUCAGAAGCUUCAGUCGGACACGGAAGAGCCUUGUAACAGACCGAAAAGACGGUUUCCCGACAAAGGCCAAUGGGAAAGGAAGCUUCAGACAGAUAUUAACAUGGCGAAAAAAGCCCUACGUGAGGCUUUGUCACUUGACAACAAACAAACUUCUACACAUCAGCCUUCCUCUUCCACUCCGACUACUUAUGCGUCGAGCGAGGAGAAUAUCUCCCGAUUGCUCCAAGGCUGGACGAGAAAAUCAUCCGGCCUUCAUCUUCAAGCAAACUCGUCGUCAAAUAACCAGAAUGCCUUGUCAAGCUCGGUCGAAGGAGGAGCUCUUGAUCAGUCACUGUUCACGUUAAACUCCGCCAAUUCAGAAUCAGGGUCAGUGGAUGGCAAAGCCCAUUUAACGCCUGAAAGAAGCGCUUUCCGAGAGGAAAGCAAUGAGACCGAGACUCAAGGUUCAUUGUCGUUGAUCGAGAAAUGGUUGUUGGAUGAUCUCAUUAGCAUGCCUUUAGAUCAUAAUCAAGAGUUGUUCUAAGAAAGAAAUCAAUAUUCUUCCUGCCUUAGCUUAUAUAUUUACUCUCAUGCUUUAGUUGGAUUUACUAAGAGAAUUAAAGGUAACAAAGUUGAGUGAAGCAAAACUGUAAGAGUCAUCUGCUUAUGAGUCUCGUGGAGAAUUUUAAUUAAAUAAAUUAAGGGUUGCGUUUUAGUUU